UCGUGGGCGGAGCUGGAUCGGUCUAAUAGGUGAGCGCCUCGAGACAACACACAUAUAGAUAUCUCAUCUCCCAAGCAUGGAGAAAAUAACGAACGCUCUCACCCACAUUAAUAGAUUGAAAUUUAAAAUCUGUCUUACUUUACUUCUUGGACUGGUUUCACUCAACGGCUCCCAAGCCUAUCUCGACCGUACAUUUUUCGCAGCUAACCAUCGGUCUCUCGAGAAUGUCAAUUUCUUAGCGAAGAAGUUCAAUUCAGCUGUGCUCUGUGUGAGUUACUGUCACUCUGAACAUGAAUGCAAAUCAGUAAACUACCGUCUGAAAGAUCAACGAUGUGAGCUGAAUAAUGCCACCAAAGACAAGCAUCCUGAUAACUUUGUCGUCAAGUAUGGCAAGGUGUACUAUGACGAUGAUGUGAACACCCCUCACUCCUCCCUUUUUGUAGGAAGUACUUGUAACGAGCUCCUUGAGGCAGGUUUUGAGAGCGGUAUCUACACUAUCUUUCCCAGUGGGUUCCCGGAGGGUCUCAGGGUCUACUGUGACAUGACAACCACUGGAGGAGGAUGGAUCGUCAUUCAAAGGCGCCUAGAUGGGAGCGUUGACUUCUACCGGGACUGGGCGGACUACCGGGCAGGUUUUGGCAACUUGACGGGUGAGUUUUGGAUUGGAAACGAUAACCUACGCGCCUUGACCGAGUCGGAAGGGACAUGGCAGUUUCGCGCUGAUUUAGAAGACUGGAACGGAGGAAAACUUUGGUCAGAGUAUGGUGUUUUUCGAGUCCACGGAGAGAACUUUGCGCUCCAUAGAGAUGCACAAACCGGUGAACAGAUUCAUUCUUCUUAUGACAAUGUAUUAUUUAGCACAAAGGACAGGGACAAUGACUUCAAAUCCGUAGUACACUGUGCCCAAGAACGUAAAGGAGGUUGGUGGUACGCACGGUGCUACAACGCUAACUUAAACGGCGUGUAUUAUGACGUAGAGAGGGUGAAAGCUAUUGAAGGAAUAACACUGUUCAAGGGGAAUGGUGUAUAUUCCAACACAUUGAAAACAUGUAGCAUGAAAAUUCGCCGUGUAGCGUAAAGUUAAUGACAAAUAUUUAAGUAUGAUUUAAAACGGCAUGGAAAGGUAUACGGUAGCACGUAAUGACUAUAUCUCUAAUGAGUGGGGGUGGUUCUGAAAAAAACCGUGGGUUUUAACUCCAGGUUUCG